UAUAAGCACUUCGGGAGAGAGUGUGUCCAGGAGGUCCCCGGACGAACUAGAGCGGGGCACGUGGGGUAACCUCCCCUGGUUGGUCGGAGCAUCACAUCACCACCUCGAUCAUCAAUCGCGCUCUCGCACACGUUCAAUCUGACUACACAGUAGAUCAGCUUUCAGUCUUAGCACUCUCGUUCUUCUGACUUCCCCAUCGUCAGAUGCGUGCAUUCUGAAGCGACGUCAAAACCAUGCGGCCGACUCCGAGCGGCGAGUCUCUACCUUCUGUGAAACCGCGUUCCCGCAAGUCAAGUGUUGCAGAUCAUCUCGCCGCGCACAGCAACCCGUCCAGCCAUGUCCCCACCACCUUCUUUCUACGGAGCGAGGAUGAUUUGGAAAGAUCUAUGCAGGAUACCGGGAGCGUCGAGCUUGUAGAAGAGAGAGGUUCCAGCAGUACUUUUGGUGUGCAGAGCCUGGCCGAUACUCUCGAGGCUGCCUUUGGGCAGGCGGACAGCGCGCUUGAGACCAGGCUUGACUCCGAGAGUACAGGUAUUGGUGGUGACAAAGGCGGGAAACUGCAUAUUUCAUCGGAAUUGCCAGAGGCUUUGAGCAGGGAAGAUGGGAGCACAAGGCCUUCGCCGGGACGCAAACAUAAGAAGCAAACACACCGCACGUUAUCGUACCCGUUGACGCCCCUCAACGCUGAAGCCCAGUCUCCUCUGCCUCCUUCCGCAAUGCCUAGCACCCCGAAAUCAGUUUCACUCCAGUCGUUGAAGCUCUCCGACGACGAGUCCAGCAUGGACGAUUCAGCGAGCCAGGCUAUUGCGUCGAGCGUUGAGACAGAUGACGAAAGCGACAACGACGAUGCGGCCAAGACAGAACAAGGUGCAUCGGGUUCCUUCCCACAGCUUGUCAUGCCAAGUAUACAGAUGCCAACUCGUAGACCGUUCACCACCAAAGGAAAAUCCAUGGGCAGGUUGAAGAUACUUGUGGCUGGUGCACAGGGUGUGGGAAAGACGUCACUCAUUCGUUCAAUCGUACAGCAGUGUGAGGACAUUGUCCAUGUCGACCCUUUCGAUCCUAAUGAUCCGAUCCCCAACCCGACUGUCUCCAGGGCAAGUUCUCGCAAGUCGAAGGACGAGCCGGUCGGGACUACCCGCAUAACGGAGAUCCACGCGAGCACCAAGUCUUAUCCACACUGGUGGUCCGAGUUGGAUGACGGGAAAACGCUACGAAGGCGUAAGAGCACCACCGAUGCAAUCUUAGAAAGAAAUAUUUGCUUCAUCGAUACUCCUGGGUUCAACAAAGGCCCCUCGAACGCUGGUACUGGCCGCUUCAUCACUGAUUAUAUCGAGUCUUUGCUCCACCAGGACAUCAGCGUGUCUUCGAUGAAUGAUACCGAUUUACUGGCUAUCAUGAGUGGAGGUGGAGGGGUCCAGGUAGAUCUGAUCAUCUACUUGUUGAUGCCAAGUCAUGAUAUAUCCAAGGAUCUAGAGUUCAUGCAGCGACUAUCUGAACUGACGAAUCUGAUUCCCGUGAUUGCGAAAUCAGAUACUCUUUCGGCAUCAGAAAUGGUGGCUGUCAAAACAUCCGUGUUGGCACAAUUGCAGACAACAUCCAUCAAACCAUUCCUGUUUGGCAGAGCCAUAGAAAAUGCUUUACUUGACGUACAAGGUUUGUUUGCUUCAGCACCAUCACGAUCAUCCGACCCAGUAGGUUCGGCAGCAUCGCCUCGCAUGGGGCAAUAUCCAUUCAGCAAUCCGACGUUUCCUUACGCGAUCUCAUCGCUCCCUGGCCCCGACGCGGAUAACAUGGAUGCAUCAGCCCUAAUGUCCCCUGAUUAUGUGCAACCGCUUCUUCACUCCGAGUUAGGUGCCUUGGUAGAUCAGGUAUUCCAGAACGAUUCGAUUGCCUGGUUGCGACAUUCAGCCGCGAAGAAACUUCUGAUCUGGAAACGGCAGAAGAAGCUUUCUGGUCUCUCGAUCCUUCCUCAGGGCCCCGGAUUUCAAAGCAACAACGUUGCUGGUUCACCUGUUGGCCUGCAUGGAGCCAGCUCUAACUCACUAGGGUCACCCUCUCUCUUUUCGGUCACUUCGCCAUCCGGCGUGCUUGUACCGAGGGCAACAUCGCCGUUCUCCCUCUCCGACCUCCGCUCCAACCUGCAAUCACCCUUUCCUGCAUCUUCGCCCUCCCUGUCACACACCAUCCCUGAGGGAGAGGGACCUACCGGCUUUUCGUUAACUCGGUACAACCAUGUCACCACUGGUGACGAACGUUUUGCUGAUAUCAGAAUGGCGAAAUGGGCUACAGACCUUCAACAAAGCCUCCGGAAUGAGCGGGAGAGGUACGAGGAAACAGCACGAAACGAACGCGCCAGGUGGCUCUUGGAACGGGUUGGAGAAGAAGUGAAGAAUGGGAACAUUGUCACCAGUCCAGGUGGCAGCCCAAGAGCAGAAUGGGCCGUGGUACAGCACGGCAAAGCGAAGGACAGCUCAGGAAUGAGCAGAUACGGCAAAGCUGGCCACCUAGAUUCGCGGGACCCACUAGGGCUCUGCGAUUUCAGCGACGAAGUCCGGAAGCGAGGCUUUAUCCUGGUCAAGGUAUUGGGAGGUGUCAGUGUGCUCGGAGCGAUCAUGGUGGCCACGAUCAAAGCAUGUGGAUUGGAAGCUAACCUGCCCGAAGGAGGUCUCUGGGUGUGGUUGAGAGGUGGAGAGUGAUGCAUGGGAUUCUAAUAUCGGUGUAACGACGGUCAUGGUGUUAUUAAUACCCCCAAAGGUUUGCUUUUUCUUGUGGGUUUCUCGGAGUUGUUGGUGGAGGAGUAUAUUUACUUUGGAUGGUUUUCCUCUCUCCCGCUCAUUUCAUCUUGGACUACAUACUCUACUUAUGGAAUCUCAGCUUCGCUAUAUAGCAGGAUAUCGAAAAGAUUAGAUAGGACCAUACAACAAUAUGAUUAAAAAAACCCAAAUCA